AUGCGUCACUGGCAGCUCUUCGCCCUGUGGCUGCUAAUCCUGGCCAGCUGCGUGGACUUCACCACGCCCUCGCUGCUCGGCCUCAAGAAGAAGCUGCUCUUUGGCGGAGGACUUGGAGGCGGCGGAGGAUUCGGCGGUGGCUGGGGAGGCGGAGGCGGAGGAGGCGGUGGUUAUCACGGAGGAGGUGGUGGCUACAACGGAGGUGGAGGCGGCUACAAUGGCGGCGGAGGGUUCCAUGGCGGCGGCGGGGGAGGAUACCACGGAGGAGGAGGAGGCGGUGGCUACCCCGGUGGAGGUGGAGGCAGCACCAUUGAUGUCUACGUGCUCAAGCCAGUGUACAGCAGCGGAGGAGGUGGUGGAGGUUUCCACGGAGGCGGCGGUGGUGGCUACCAAGGAGGCGGAGGUGGCAGUGGCUACCACGGAGGAGGCGGUGGCGGCCAGGGCUUCCACGGAGGAGGCGGUGGCGGCGGACCUUCCCAGUGGGGCGGCGGCGGAGGAGGAGGAGGAGGAGGUGGCAGUGGCUCGUACGCCAGCAGCAGUGCCAAUAGUUGGAGUUACGGCGGAGGAGGAGGAGGCAAUGGCUGCCACUCCUGCGGAGGAGGAGGAGGAGGAGGCGGUGGGAGUAGUGCCUACGCCAAGGCCUCGGCGAACGCCUACGCAGGUGGCUGGUGA